AUUACUGCCGCGUUCGAGAGAGGACUGAAAAUGUUGCUUCAAGCUGCAAAAGCCGUGUAAUUUCCGCGCUCCAUUAAAUGCGGGAUAAGUCAAAAGAGGAUUAUUAUUGUUGAGGAGUGGAUCUACUAAAGAACGUGGUGGCGUGAGUGAGAUCAUUUGACUCUCCAUGCAAUCAGACAAUACUCGGAAAAAGCACAAAGCAGUCGACUGAAAAGUGCUGUCAAAUCGAGGCACAAUGUCUAUCAAAAAACUUCUUGACUCUGUAGCCGUGAUUGGCGAAGCGUUUACUCUGCGCCCAACGGACAGUACUCGAAAGCAACUUGUUGAUGUUCUCGGAAAACUCUCAGCACAGAUCAUUCCUCCCACUGAGCAAUUGCUGUAUCUGGCAUGGGCUGAGCCAGCACGUCCCGCAGCUCUUACUACAGCUCUUGACCUUGGAUUAUUCGAACACAUGACUCAACCAAUCUCAGUAGAGAACCUGUCGAAGAAGUUGCCAUGUUCCACUGAUGUCCUGUUACUAAACAGAUUGCUUCAACAUCUGGCAGCAACCUUUGUUAUUUCAUCUCCAUCACCACAAAUCUACGAGCCAACACCUCUGUCUUUGCUACUUCAGGAUCCACGUCAAUCCGUUGCGCUACGACUGGCGUCUCUUCUCCAUGGGCCCAAUCUUGACGCCCUCCCUCGUUAUUUAUCGACCAAUGGGUACAAGAGCCCAGCCGACUCGAAAGAUCUCCCUUUCCAUCUUGCUCAUGAGACAAAACAAUCGCCUUGGGGAUGGGGCAGCCAGAGACCGGAAGUUGCGCGAGCCUUCGCACUACACAUGUCUGGCUACCACAUCGGUCGGCCGAAUUGGCUCAAUACGGACAUGUAUCCAUUUGAAGAGCGAGUCUUGAAAGAUGCGGAUGAUGAUCAUGUCUUAUUCCUAGAUGUUGGAGGGGGCAUGGGCGAUGAUAUUGCAAAUCUGAGAGCUAGACUUGGUAAUAUCAUAGGGAACAAGAAGCUAGUGCUGCAAGAAAGGGAAACCAUAGUCGCAAGGGUGAAACAGAGUAGACCAGAACUUGAAGUGGUGGUUGGCGAUUUCUUUGAGGAACCUAAAAUCAAAGGAGCCAGAGCCUAUUUCUUGCACUCUGUGCUCCACGACUGGCCAGAUGAAGAAUGUCAAAAAAUCCUUCGGCAUCUCAAAGGAGCAAUGACAUCAGGCUAUUCGAGGCUCUUGAUUUACGAGAAUGUGCUACCCGAGCAAAAUGCCUCGUGGAAAAUGACAUCACUGGAUUUGAUCAUGAUGGCGAAUGCUGGAGGCAUGGAGAAGACAGAAGGCUUGUGGAAAGAUUUGGUAGAGUCUUCCGGUUUGAAAGUCAACAGGAUUUAGACUGCAGAUGUUGAAUAUGAGAGUGUGAUUGAAGUUAUCAGGGAUGAUUGAGUUUCCACGACCCGAGUUUUGCAUUUCGUGUCUCACCAGCAUACAUCGGGCUACAUUCCAAUGCAAGCUACCUUGAAAACAAACUCAUGAUCCGCGUUGGCGUAAAAAGCAUCGAAUGUUAUCUUGCCUCACAGUCCACCGACUGACCACCGUCCACUCAUCCUUCUCAUCGACCAUCUCC